AUGGAUUUAUCAUCUGUCUACAAAUUUUUCGAGACAAACCAAGUCACUCCACAAAGCAAACACAUGUUACUUAUGGCUGCACUUCACUAUGAGUACACCAAUGGACUCUUGGAAAUACAUAUGGAGAACGUCUACCGUUCCGUCAACGAACUUCUCUUAUUGAUAAACGUCAAUUGCACCCCAGUGAAGGGAGAUGGUAAUUUAAAAGAAUUAGUUACUAGGUUUUUCAUUGUGUUGAGUCUCUAUAGACUCUUCAUUGCCCAAAAACAGAACCCACAGGAAAUUGGGAUGACGUUGUUGGACGUUGCUGGGAAGAUUUUGUAUUUGACUGCCGGGAAUGGGAUUUUGGACGUGUUGGUUGGAAACCCGUUGAGAGGAUUUUCCGACGCGCAGAUUGACACUAUUCAACACGACGAUAUUUUGUAUAACCAAUUGUCGCAAAUUAAAACGGAGUUUGAAACACAAGUGUCCUCACUGAAAAAUGAAAAGAGUGACGCGGAGAGUAAGGGAGAGACUGUUACUAACACAACGGUGUUUAAACAAAAUGAACACAUUUUCAAAGUGAGAGCGACGGAGAGACAACUUGAGAUCAUCAAACAAAGAUUUAAAGAACUGAAACCAAAUGCUGAGUUGAAGAUCUCAAGCAAUAUGGAUCUCAAGGACUUGAAAAAGGUUGAGUCACUCUCCACAGCUCUUAAAAUGCCGAGCUUGUUGUGUUGUUUAUCUCAACUGGUUGCUGUUGUAUCGAGCAAUUGUGAUAAUAUGUAUGACAAAUACAGUAAAGCGAUGGACAACACCGUCAAAGAAUUGAAAGAAAAGAUGUUUGUAGAAGAGAAGUUCCGGUGUGAGUUAAUGACUGCGAUUGAAAUUAAUGUGUUUGAUUCGUGUGUUGAAACAGUCAUUGGAAAUUACCGGAAGAGGUAUGAAAAGGAAGAUCAGAAGAUUCAAAGUUUGAUGAAUCAGUUUGAAAACACCGUCCAUCCAUUCCACUUCAAAGUAGAGAGCCAGUUUUUGCUUGAAGAGAAGGGAAUCGUUGGAUCUGCGUAUAUCCCCGUUUUGGAAACAUUCAAGAGAAUAUCGAUGGCGAAGUACCCAUACCAGAAAACCACUUUGGGCUUAAAUCUGAAGCAACAAAUUCUCGACUGUUUCAACGGGUUUUGCGCGAGAACAAAGAAGAGAGGAGACCAAGCUAUUGGGCCAGAACAGGAGAACCCAUUGUACAUGUAUUUACUUUUCAAAUCAAAAUACCCAUACGUCUUCAGUGACGCAAUGUUUAUGGCGGAUUUCAAUUUGUUGCAGGAUGAGAGAGGAUACUGGAUGACAACACAUCUCGGUUGUGUCAACGCGUUGCUUGAAACAACGCCACUUGUGAUGAACAAUAAUUUGAUCAGCAGUUUUAUCACCGACGGGCACGAAGGAACUGUUGCGGUGAUUGGAAUGGAAGGGAUUGGGAAAACAGAAUUGGUCAAAUCACUCAACAUGAAAAUUGAAAGCAAUCAAAAAGAAGAAAACGUGACAAAAGUUACUUGGGGCACUUUGUCGAUAUUGGAAUGGGACGUGAGAGGAGAUCAGUACGACAUACGACCCAUCGCAAAUUCAAAAGUAAAAGCCGUUGUUUUAUGUGUACCAAAUGUGGACGGAUAUUCAAUCACAUCGUCGUUCACAUUAGCAGCACCGUUGUUGAAUUCGCUCAAAGAACCAGUACCUUUCUUGUUGUUGAUGACAAGACAUGAUAUAUACCCAUUUACAACGCUUGAAAACUUCCCAAAACUCGACAAAUUACCAUUUCCAACAAUCAAAAAGAUCGACUACGGCUUGUGUUCCGUCAAACAAAACUAUGGCAUUUAUGAAUCGUUUGCGAAGUUGAGAAAUAACUGA